AUGUCCUGCUUACUUGGCAGGCGUGGCGUGUUGCUAGCGAGUUUCUCUUUCCUCGAGAUUUGGCAGGAAUGCGGUCAGCCGGUAGGCCAGGUAUGUUCUGACUUUCCGAGUACAUGUUAUGUUAUUGAUGAUCCAGUGGAGACUCCAGAAGUCACAUCUGCAUUUGGUCUGCUAUCCCAAAUGCAGCGCAGCGCGACUUUGUUCCACGACUUCUUAGUAGACGCCGUGGAAGAUCGCUUUUAUCUGGUCAAACAGGAUAUCCAACGCUAUGUGAAUCGACUCCAGGAAACUGCUGCGGUCUCAGUGGUGCCUCAGGUGGAAACUAUCAUGGUGGAGAUGCUGGAUCGUCUGAACGCCUGGCAACGAGCCUGGGGCAUACCCCUACGAGCUAUGAGAGACAAUAAAGUCAUUUCCGGUUUCACCAGUACCUUCUCAGCGCUCCUACAUUCAUCCCUUCCGUCCAUCUUCCCUGCUUAUUUGCAUUCAUUUUUGGUCAAAUCUCUCGCCUCUCUCCCUUCUCAUCUCAUCGAUCCACCACACAACCCACAUUUGCUUCAGAGCGUACCUAUCAAUUUGCAAAAGGUAUCCCCUCCGUCUCCGCAUCUAUCAAAACUGGGCAUCCUCCCUCGGUAUUCUGCAACCCUCAGCGGAGCUGCGUACGAGGAGAUCAGCAAAAUAGCCAGAGAGGAGGCGGGUCGAGGAUGGGAGACUCGCCGACUUACCAGGGCGAGGCAAAGAGUCGGUGAUGGUGUAGCCAACUGGCUUGCCGGCAUGUUUGAAGGCAAUGAAGCUGCACAAACCGGUUUGCGACCUAUGUUCUCGAGAUUCGAUUAUUACCUGUGUAAAUGCUUCUUCGACAUCAGGACUGACGAGUUGUUUGACAUCAUUGUGGCGUAUCCCGACUCCAUGGCUGCUUUAGAAGAUCUCAAGGAGUGCUUGUUCAAGGUAGACCAACGAUCCGUUUUGGUGGAUAAGCUGAAGACAUCAACACUCAAACGUCUUCUCCAUCCUGGGGCCGAGACUAAAGUUGUCAUUGCGGGGUAUAUCUCUACAAUACGUUGUCUCCGUAUCCUCGAUCCUGCUGGUGUUCUGCUGCAUAAGGUGGCCGAUCCUAUUAGGAAGCACCUUCGAGAGCGACAGGAUACUAUUCGCUGUAUCGUUUCAACCAUGGUGGAAGGGGACGAGUUACAGGACGAGAACGAGAGUAGCGCGGGUUUGAUCCCCCAAGUCAAUGAUGAGACGGUCGAGGACUUUUCAGAUCCCAAAUGGGAUCCAGAACCAUACGAUGCUGCUCCUGAAUUUAGGAGCGGAAAGGCCAGUGAUAUCAUCUCGACUCUUGUCAGCAUAUAUGAGUCCCGAGACGUGAUCGUUAAGGAGCUCCAGAUACUACUAGCGACACGACUGCUGGCUGUCAAGGAUUAUGACGCCGUCAGAGAGAUCCGGACUGUCGAGCUACUUAAAAUACGCUUCGGGGAGCAGGCCUUGCAGAUUUGUGAUGUCAUGCUCAAGGAUAUGGCCGACUCAAAACGCAUCGAUGAUCAUGUACAUGGCGACAUUGAGUCCAAAGUGCAUCCACUGGUCAUCUCUCGGAUGUUCUGGCCCAAUAUACAACCGUCUUCUCUUCAUUUGACACCGAAGCUCGAAAGCGCUCAGCGAGCAUAUGAGGCUGCUUUCCAUCAUUUUAAGCCGGAUAAGCGCCUGCGCUGGUUACAGCAUAUAGGAACCGCUGUCGUCAAGCUGGAGCUGGAGGAUCGUGUGGUCGAGGUCGAAGCCACGCCCAUCCAGGCUGCAAUAGCUGAGCUGUUCUCGGAGAAAUCGCUGUGGUCAUUGGUCGAGCUGGGACAACGGCUGGGAGUUCUCGAGGAAUCUACUCUCCGUAGCGCCCUUGGCUUCUGGGUAGGACUUGGCGUGAUCAAGUCCGAGGGUGAGCGAUGGACAUUACUCGAGGUCGCCGAGCAAGGACCAGUUCCCGUGCAAACCCACGUAGAGGAUGCACCUUUGCCACAAAAAGAGAGCGCGGACGAGAUGAAUGCCAACAAAGUACGGAUUCACUGGCUUUACAUAAAAGGUGUACUGACGAAUCUUGGUCCCACAUCACUGGACCGAAUCCAGGGUAUGCUGAAGUACAUUGACGAAUACGACCAAUCCAUAGACGAUCUCGAGCAGUUCAUGACUGCCGCUAGGGGGGAGGGCAUGGUCGAUUUGCGGUCGGACGGAAAGUGGGUACUACGGGAGGGAGGGUAGAUCAGUGUCUAUCGGAAGCUGAGCGCUGUGAACGAUCAGAGACGAAAUCGUCUCGAUCAAUGUUUGCGUCGUUGCGUCAUACGUGGCAGAUCAGAUAGAAUUCAUGAUGACUCUUGGGUAUAUUAUCAGCUGUGGACGGACCAGAAAUCAGUUUCAAAGCUCUCUCAUUCUCAUCUCUCGUGCUGUGCACCUACCCAACUUCGCUUUAUUCUCACUCUCUCAUACCUUUCGCUGGUCGAUAAAUCCUUACAACUCAACCCGUCACACGCAUCUCACAAUGAAGUCAACUACUCUUUUCACCGUCCUCGCUAUCCUCUCGACCGUUUCGGCGAUUCCCACCCCUGCCCAUCCUUCUUACCCGACCGAUGAGCUUGAUGUGGACGCUGGUCUGUCCAGCUCGGCCCCCCGUGUAGAUCCCGAGGCCUUACUGCGACUUCUCUCCAAGCCAGUUUCUCGUUCUCGUAAACACAGCGAAAGACAAUCUCAGCAGACGACUGGUGACUCCAUGGGCAACAACGAAAUACCACUAUCGACGAACAAUAUGGAUCCGAACGCUCCAGUCGUUCUCGCUUCCUCUCCACCAGCUGGACUGGCAGGUGUCGUCUCCAAUCUCCCAGGUGCCAUUCAUUCCAUCGCUUCUGGUCUUCCCGAU